GGAUGUGAUUUAAGAGGACGGGUGUGGAAAGCGCUUAUGGGAAUAUAUCGCAUUUCAGCUUUGGAAUAUACAACGCUCGUCCAACGCGGCUCAUGCAGUGUUGCAGAAAAGAUCCAAAACGAUACAUUUAGAACUUUAAUGACUGACAAGAGUUUUCAAAGCAGGGUUUCAAACGAUAUGCUUACUCGUAUUCUUAGUGCAUUUGUAUGGAAGGCUCAAGAUCAACCACCAUCUAGAUUAAUUAAUAUGCGAUUUUCAUAUGUUCAAGGCAUGAAUGUAUUGGCUGCACCUUUUUUAUAUGUGCUCCCAGAGCUGGACGCAUUUUAUGCAUUCAAUACAUUUAUACAUAACUCGUGUCCAUUAUAUGUCCAGCCUGCACUUGAAGGUGUUCAUUGUGGAAUCAAGUUACUUGAUCGCUGUUUAGAAGAGAUUGAUUCAGAGUUGUAUGACUAUCUCAAAAGCAAGCAGCUUACCGCAGCUGUUUAUGCAUUUCCAUCCAUCAUGACGUUUUCAGCCUGCACACCGCCGCUUGAUCAAGUACUGCAUCUGUGGGAUUUUUUCCUGGCAUAUGGAGUUCAUCUUAACAUUAUAUGUACUGUAUCUCAGGUGAUCCAUAUUAAACGAGAUCUGAUGGCAAGUCUCAGUCCCAUGAAACUUUUGCGAUCUUUCCCAGAACUUAAUGCACAGAGUAUUAUUGCUACAGCCAAAACCCUAAUUCCACUGAUCCCAGAAGAUCUUUAUGAUAUGCUUGUGCGUCACACGUUCGACCCGAUCGUGUGCGAGAUGCUGUUGCAAGAAAACGAGGAUAUAGCUAUUGCCUGA